UUAAAACAAACAGCAAUUAUAUCCAUGAAAAAGCAUCAAGAGGAUAAUUUUUCUAUUUCGAGAAGUACUAUCAUUAAACUUUGGGGUUCUAAGCUGGCGAAACCAUCCCAUCAUAACACCAAUUUGACAGUCGCCUUAUCAUCUUGUAACACUUGGCGUCGUUCCUCCAAAAAAUUCUCUCAUGUGUUGGUAAGAUCACGAUCAGUAACAGUUUUGACAAACUACAAGAUGAUUUUGAGAUUUUUAUCGGAAGUGGCUAGCAAUACCGAAUGUACCAUUCCCAGAAAAAUGUCAAACACAUUGAGCAAUACAUCGAAGAGUGUUAUUGGCUAUCGAGAAUAUUACAAUGACCGGCGAUACUUUAGCUGUGACUUGGACAGUAUAUAUGGUAGCAUCAAGGUUCUCGAUCUGGUGCAUAGAAAUUUCAUUGUAGAAGGCCACGAAUAUUGACAAUCAAUCAUAAUACUAUUUGGUACAUUGAAACACGGACCUACAUAUAAUUUAAUCGCAUCGUCGCAGCAAAGGAAAAGAGAAGUAUAUACGCUCUUGUACUUGGUGUUCUAGCGAAGACGUCUUGUCUAAUUAAUUCAUUUGAUGGAACAAAUUUACAACAGAAAGGUAAUCGAGUUUAUGUAACUAUGUUAAUUUUUUUAUUAAUGUGAUAAUUAAAAAAAAUAUAUUAUUGACCUGUGUACGUAUAUAUAAUUUAUUAAAAAUUUGGGAGGAC